AUAAUCCCCUGCUAACUCGUUGAUAUUAGUACUGCUAUAGUACUAUAUAAUACGUAUAUCAUAUGUGCUUCUCUCUUCUCUCAGGGGCAUCAUCGCGGUCAUUUCCAGCUAGCUAGCAACUCGCCAUCCAUAGGCCAUAGCCAUGGCAACCAAAUCGGCUCAAAGCACGGGGCCUUCCUUCUUCAACUUCCUAAAGGAAGGCCUCCUCCUCCCAACGCGCAACCGGAGGCUCUUCAUGGCGGUCUACGCCGUCGUCUUCGCCUCCACCACGCUGCUCCUCCUCAGCAGCGACGUCGUCAUCCAGCCCCUCGCCAACGAGAUCCAGCUCGACCUCAUGGCGCUGGACAGCGCCGACCCCGGCAGUCCGGACUUCGCCAAGCUCGUACAGGAGGUCCAGGAUGACACCAAGGAGCUCCUGCUCGUCGGCGCGGGGUACCUCGUGUUGGCGGUGGUCGUCAGCUCGGCCGUCCGGAUCCUCCUCCUCUUCGCCGCCGUCUCGACGUACUCCGACUCCGAGCCGGGUGCUACCUCCUUGUCCUUGGGCGCGCUCCUCGGGAAAGCCAGGGCGCAGCUCAAGGGACCUCUGCUGACGCUCGGCUUCGUCUACGUCCUGCAGAUCGUUUGCAUCGUGCUUGUGGCGUUCAUGGGGGUGCUUCUCGGCGUCCUCAUGUUCAUGUUGAGGCAUCACUUGAUAGUGCUCGUCGUGGCGUCGACUCCACUCCUCGCUGCGGCCAUCAUCUUCACCGUUUACUUCUCUUUCCUUUGCUCCUUGAGCAUCGUCGUGGCGGUGGCCGAGCCCGGCCGCCACGGCGCGGCGGCGUUAGGCGAAGCGUGGAGGUUGGCCAAGGGGAAGAGGAGGCAGAUCGUGCCGUACCUCGCCGCUACCGGUGCCCUGGCCGCCGUCUUAUCGCCGGUGCACACGCUCGCAAGGGCAUGCGCGGGUGAUAACAAGGUGGCGCUUGGGCUGCUCCUGGGUCUUGUGUACGCGGCUCUCAUGGCACUGGUGCAAUUGUUCGCCGUCUGCGCCAUGACAGCCUUCUACUAUGAGUGCAAAGAGAACAGCGACAACCAGCUGCGGGCGGCUACUGGAUACGCCAAGUUGUCAUCGGAAGAAGCAACCGCGGCUUGAUCAUUCUCCGAUUGGUUGCCAUGUAAUUAACUGCGACUUGUGGGGCAAGCCAGAUUGUUCUACUAUAUACUCUUUUUAAAGGUUUCAUUAAGAUACUACAUACGAAUGUAUAUAGACUUUUAGUGAAACCGUUAAAACUACUUACUCUGUAUAAUAAAACCACUAUAUAUAUGGAUGUAUAUACAUACGGAUGUAUAUAGUCUUACUUCUAGUGCAAUCGCUAAAACAUACUCCGUCCGUUCCUAAAUAUAAGUCUUUUUUUA